UACCUAUAAAUGCACAAGUUAUUCAUGCACAAAUUAUUAUUGGACAUAAGAAUUUCAAGUUAAUGUUGAGUCUUUGGAAAAAGGAAACUGGUUAAUAGAGUCUAGACUGUUAAGGGAAUACAAAUUUAAGCAAACAGCCCAUGUUGCACUGUAAGUGAAGUAUAAAAGAAAAACUGUGUAUGUGCACAUUUAUGCAGUAUAUUAUAGUGCUGGCAUCACAUUUGGAAGGAAUGACUUUUUAUACUGAACUGGUUGAUAUGGGCAAUCAUUUUUUGAAAUUGCAUUAAAAACCCUUGAACAUUUGAGGGAAAACGGGCUUUUUGAAAUUAAGACUUCAACUCCUGGUUUAGUAAAAUGUGUUAGUGCAUGUUUUAAUAUCACCUUUGUAUUAGCCAGUAUCUGCGUUAGUAAUGGAAGUGAAACAUGUUUGUUAUUUUGCAGUCAUUGACCCUGCAGUCAUUAGAAUUGGUUUCAAGGCCAAUUGGCAGUUCUAGGCCAGUGUUUUAAAAUAAACUUUCAAACUGUAGGCAUUUCAGGCAUUGCAAAUAAGCAGGUUUUCCCUCUCUGCAGUCAAGUCGGAGAUUAUUUAUAUCUAUCAAAGAGCAGCUUUUCAGUAUUUCGCAUUUUGAAAUUUUCUCCAGUUGUGCAAAAUUCAAACAUUGCACAAUUAGGUUGCUCCUGGCAUCUCAGGAAGCGUGUGAGGAAAAGCAGAUGAGAUGUGAGGAUGGCAGACUACCUAUCCACAGUCCCUUAAUCUCUGACCUCUAAGGUUUGGGGAUGUGGGAUUUUACAUUUCCCGUCAGGAAUCAACGGAGAGAGAAAUACUUAUCAAGAGACAACCGCUUUCAAAGCGCACUACUUUGUGCCUUUGCCGUUGUUGCAUCACAGCAACAUCCGUUUUCAGCAAAUGCUCUUCGAAAAAGGCCUACAUGUAGAAUGUAACGUAUCUUUUCCCCUGCGAUGUAAAUGCUGGACACGGUUUUCUGGGCACUUUCCCUUGACCUCUCUGGUCCCUUAGAGCCCUCUCCUUCAGCUGGAGUCGCGGAUCCGCUAAGGGCAGGGGAGGCGCCCCGCGCGGAGAAGCCCACCUACCCCCCACACCCACCUUGACUCCGCCCCCUCCGCGCUCCUCCCGGGGAAGGCUUCCGCGGGGCCGCGCGCGCGCGCGCCCGCCUCUGCUCCUGCGCGCGCUCAGGCCUUUUCCCUCCAGUCCAGCUCGGCCGGGGCGCCGCGAGGGGGCGGAGUGGGGUGUGGUGGGCGCGCUCGGGCGGCUCCUGCGCGUUCCCGCCGAGGCAGCGGCGGCGGGAGCGGUAGAGACGGCGGCGGCGGCUGGAGUCCCGUUGCCGACUCUCACAUCCGGGUUCUGGCCGUGACCCAGCUGCGGCCGCCGCGGAGAUGUGACCCGUCAGUACGGCAAAUAUGGCGGAGCCAUCUGUUGAGUCUUCAAGUCCAGGAGGUUCAGCAACGUCAGAUGACCAUGAAUUUGAUCCAUCAGCUGACAUGCUGGUUCAUGAUUUUGAUGAUGAACGAACAUUAGAAGAGGAAGAAAUGAUGGAAGGAGAAACAAACUUCAGUUCUGAAAUAGAGGAUCUUGCAAGGGAAGGAGACAUGCCAAUUCAUGAACUUCUCAGUCUUUAUGGUUAUGAUAGUACUAUUCGACUCCCUGAAGAAGAUGAGGAGGAGGAGGAAGAGGAAGAAGAAGGUGAAGACGAUGAAGAUGCUGAUAACGAUGAUAACAGUGGCUGUAGUGGGGAAAAUAAAGAAGAGAAUAUAAAGGACUCAUCAGGUCAAGAGGAUGAAACUCAGUCUUCCAAUGAUGAUCCGUCACAAUCUGUUGCUUCUCAAGAUGCCCAAGAAAUAAUCCGGCCACGUCGAUGUAAAUAUUUUGAUACAAAUAGCGAAAUAGAAGAAGAAUCUGAAGAAGAUGAAGAUUAUAUUCCAUCAGAAGACUGGAAAAAGGAGAUUAUGGUGGGCUCCAUGUUUCAAGCAGAGAUUCCAGUUGGCAUUUGUAGAUACAAAGAAAAUGAAAAAGUAUAUGAAAAUGAUGAUCAGCUCCUGUGGGACCCUGAGUACUUACCAGAAGAUAAAGUGAUUGUAUUUCUUAAGGAUGCAUCUAGAAGAACAGGUGAUGAGAAAGGUGUAGAAGCAAUUCCUGAAGGAUCUCACAUAAAAGACAAUGAACAGGCAUUAUAUGAAUUGGUUAAAUGCAAUUUUGACACAGAAGAAGCACUGAGAAGAUUAAGAUUUAAUGUAAAAGCGGCUAGAGAGGAAUUAUCUGUUUGGACAGAAGAAGAGUGUAGAAAUUUUGAACAAGGGCUAAAGGCCUAUGGAAAAGAUUUUCAUUUGAUUCAGGCUAAUAAAGUUCGAACAAGGUCAGUUGGUGAAUGUGUAGCAUUCUAUUAUAUGUGGAAAAAAUCUGAACGUUAUGAUUUCUUUGCUCAGCAAACGCGAUUUGGAAAAAAGAAAUAUAAUCUUCAUCCUGGUGUAACGGAUUACAUGGAUCGUCUUCUAGAUGAAAGUGAAAGUGCUGCUUCUAGUCGAGCACCAUCCCCUCCCCCAACUGCCUCAAACAGUAGUAACAGCCAGUCUGAGAAAGAAGACGGCACUAUAAGCAAUAGUAAUCAGAAUGGGGUGUCAUCUAAUGGACCAGGUGAAAUGUUGAACAAAGAAGAACUAAAAGCUGAAGGGUUACAUGUGAAUGGACCAACAGGUGGAAAUAAGAAACCACUUCAUGCAGAUGUGGAUACUAAUGGUUAUGAAACAGAUAACCUUACCACUGACCCAAAACUUGCCCAUAUGACUGCAAGAAAUGAAAAUGAUUUUGAUGAAAAAAGCGAGAGACCUGCCAAAAGGCGAAGGGUAAACAGCAAUGGAAAAGAAAGUCCAGGUUCUUCUGAAUUUUUCCAGGAAGCAGUGUCACAUGGAAAAUUUGAAGAACUUGAAAACACCGAUGACUAAAUUUUAGACUUAUUUUACUUUCUUUGGAGUAAAAUCUGGUGUGACUAAAAUUUUCAGGGUUGAUGGGUUACCUUAAAAAGUUGAUUUCCUUGAAGCAGUUGGUUAAAUUUGAAAUGAGUCCUGAUUUUAGUAAGAUUUCAUAAUUCUGCCCUUUGUAGACUUUUUACUUUAAAAGUGUAAAGACCCUGUUAAGGCUAUAACAAAUAGUUUAGUAAAUUUGAAUGAACUAUGGAAAUAUCUGUACCUUCUCAUUUGAUGUGUUAAUCUUAAAAGCUCACUACCGGUACUUUUUGCUUAGUUUGAUGGCAGAGAAGAAAAAACCAAGUUCUGAUUUCUGUUGAACACCAGUUUUUCUGAGUUUCUUGAAAUGUCUUCUUUUUUUAAGACAUUUUCUCUCCAUACAAAUUGAGUGUCAUUGUUAAGGAAACCCUUAUGAAUCCUGAAAGUUAUGCUAGCAUGAUUUUUUAUAUAUAGAAGUUUAAAAAUAAACCAAGUCAGGUUUGUAUAUGUAAAAUUGUUGACAUCAAUGAUGUCUUUCCAUAUUCUUAUCUGGGCUUAAGAAAUACAUUCUGUAUUUUUCCAGAUUCUUUGUAGCCUUUGAAAGAUUUUUACAGUACAUAUGUCUUGACUGAGCUGUCCUUUCUUAAUACAAAAGCUUGUAUAAUUUUCUUAACUUGUACAGUUGGUAAACUUUUAUGAGAGGAAUUGAUAUUCUGAGUCUGUCAGCUUUCAUUUUAUUUUGCUAAGGUUUUUCUAAUGAAUUUUUAAGUGUUUGUGUAGUAACUAAGUCAUGUUUCUUAUACAGGUGGUAAAAGCAUUCAUAAAGGAUUGUGAAAAUUUGUUUUUUCAAAUUUCUACUUAAGGACAAAUAGUUUGAGAAUUCUGAAAUUAAGCAUGAUACCUAGAUCGCAUAGUUUGUUUUGCGUUUGCUAUAAUUUUCAAAAUUAUUUUUGAAGCAAGACAAAAGUUUAAUGUUAGCUUAAGUGCUUAAAUGUAUCAUGCUGACCAGAAUCCUGUUCGAUUAUUUUUAUAUGCAUUAUAAAAUUUCCCAUUUUUGCAUUAACUAAACAGGGGAAAAGGUCAAGCAAUAUUUAGAUAUUGGCACACACAAGGAGUUGGCAGAUAACAAUAUUGAUUUUAUGUGGAAAAAGUGAUGAAGUUGAGUGUAUUUCCAAAAUGAAGAUAAGAUGAAUAACCAUUGCUCUGUGUGAUUACAAAUAGGAUCAUCUAUUUGCAUAGCCUUUCAAGAGUGCCAUUUUAUUUUUAGUGCAAAAUUCUUGUUAAAAAUGUAGUUUUAUACAGCUGAUAGACCAACCUAUAUCCAAACUUUUAUAAAAGAUUAUUAACUAUUCUUGUUUUUUUCACACAGGCAUACCCCAAAUGCUUCUACCAAUUCAUUUUCAGCCAUCAGUUCAAGAGCCAAUGCCUUUUUAAAAUAAAUCUUCUGUGGUCUUGUUUUUAAUGGCUCAACUGUUUAAUACAAUUGAGUAAAGGUUUGCACUGAGAAAUUAUGGUUUAGGCCUUACCCCCAUGAAGUAUUACUGUUAACAUAUGUUCAGAACUGCUUCCUUCCACCAAUGUGAACAACUCUUUUCCCCAAACAGUGUUAAAAAGCCACUUGACAACACUUGACUUCAUAUAAUGUAUGUUCACUGUUACUACAUACAUAUCCAAGUAAAUCAGAGUUUUGGGUGGAACUGUUGAGAAGCCUGAACUUUUUGUUUUUGUUUUACCCUACAACAUUUAAUUUAUCCAGAAUGGCAGCUUUAGCAGAUGGUCACAAUCCAUUUUCUAAAUCAGUUUUUAUUACACAAAUCCAAAGUAUCCUAGCUCCUAGCUCUUUGUCAAAGAUGGUCUAUAGACGUGUUUCAAAUGAAUAGUGACGCUGUACUUUUUAAGUUGUUGCAAUAUUAGAGACGCUGUUUUCACCUUUUUUUAAAGAUGCAUUUUGUUUGCAGGUUUGUGAAGUUCUUGGAAACUAAUUACAGGAACAUUUUUAUUAAAUUCUCAGGCAUGUUUGCAAAUAUGGCACAUGUAUACAUGUUAGGAAAUUUUACUUUUCUUAAUCUUACCUUUUUAAAGUAUACCUAAUAAAAAGACAUUCCACUACUAUAAUACAUAAUGCUCAGCCUUUCAUGAAGAAAUAUGAAUUGUAUUUUGUGUUUAUACAGGUAUUUCACAGUACUUUGUUCUUCAUAAUGCAGCCACUAUAACUUGAUAAGUCAUUGCACUACUUUAAAAUUUUUAGUAAUAUCAUGAAUUUAAUUUGCUUUAAGAUUUAGUACAUUUCAUAACUCUUGAACUCUUAAACUGCAUUGGGAAAAGAAGACUUUGUUAAUAGUUAGUUUUCCCCCACCCCAUACCCACCCUCAGCAAAGCACUAUCAUUUUCAUUUGAAAUGGUAUUCUGUUUUAUGAUGUGUUUUCAAAUGGAGUUCAGAAUCUGCAACUCCGUUCAACAUAAAUCUGUUGAGCUUUAAAAUGUAUUUGAAUAUUUAAAUAGGCAUUUAAAAUUAUGAAUUAGAUGUUUUUAAAUUUAUGCAUAGUAAUUUUGCACUGUAAAAUAAUUCCCUUUUCCCAUUCCCUGUCUGCCAUUCUGAAUAUGCUUAUUAAAAUAUUUUUUUAAACAUA